AUGAGUGGAAACCAGUCCCUCUGCACCCACUUCACAUUUGUGGGAUUUUCUUCUCUAGCAGAGUUGCAACCUGUGCUCUUCAUUGUGUUCUUAACCAUUUACAUGUCUACUAUGGGAGGAAAUCUCAUCAUUGGCUUGAUCUGGGGCACCCCUUCCUUGCACACUCCCAUGUAUUUCUUCCUGGUUAACCUCUCCUUUCUGGAGAUGUGCUAUAUCACUAGUGUGGUGCCUCAGAUGCUGGUGCACUUGCUUGCGGAGAUCAAGACCAUAAGCGUGGGACGCUGUGCAGCUCAGAUGUAUGUAUUUAGCAUCUUGGGACUGACAGAAUGCUGCCUGCUAGCAGCCAUGGCUUAUGACCGCUUUGUAGCUAUUUGCCAUCCUCUGCAUUACUCUCUCCUGAUGGACCCUCGUGUGUGUUUGAAAUUGGCUGUAGCAUCUUGGACCACUGGGGUCGUGGUGGAAUCAGCCCAGACCACAUGGAUCUUCACUCUCCCCUUCUGUGGAACAGGAAGAAUCCAGCACUUUUUUUGUGACAUCAUGCCUCACUUUUUUUGUGACAUCAUGCCUGUAGUGAAACUAGCUUGUGUUGAUACCUCCCACAAUGAGAUUGUGAUGUUUGCUAUCUCCGUGCUCUUUAUCAUGACCCCCUGUCUCCUCAUUCUGUGCUCCUAUGUGCGCAUUCUGGUGACCAUCCUGAGAAUCCCUUCAGCCACUGGCAGAAGCAAAGCUUUCUCCACUUGCUCUUCUCAUAUCCUGGUUGUUUCUCUCUUCUAUGGCACUGCCUUGUUCACUUACCUCCAACCGAAGGCUGCACACUCCCCAGAAACAGACAAGGCAACUGCACUCAUGUACACUGUGGUCACACCUGCUCUGAAUCCAGUUAUCUACACCUUGAGGAACAAGGAAGUGAAGGAAGCCUUUCAAAGAAUAACACUAAGAAGCACUCACAGACAAAUGACCUAA